AUGGUACGGCAACUGCAUGGUGAUGAUAAAUUCGAGAAAAGUCCUAUAAUGAAACACAACACAAAACCUGCUGCAUGGGAGGACGCCGCUCAGUUUUUCAAAUCAGAUCCCAUCAAUAUACAUGCGCCUCCACUGCCAACUGCAGGAACGCGUAGAGUACUCCCACCGCCACCUCCUCCUAUAUCAGAAUGUGAUCACGACCAUGAUUAUCAUGAACACGUACACAGUGACGCGUCUGCUUCACGGAUGCGAGAGACUAGCGGAAAUCGGUCAAAAGAUCGUGAAUCUGAGGUCAAAUGUUUUGGGAAUUCCGCCUUGAUAGAUCUCAGCGAAUGUUUUGUGUAUUGCAGGAGGAGGGCUCUGCUGCGGUUUCCGGUCAUGUUAGCCGAGAUCACUCGGAAAUGUCCAAAGGAACCGUUGCAGAAUAGGACUCUGCUGCGGUUCUUAUGCCCAAAACCCAGCAGAGUCCUUUUCUUGCAACAUUUUUCUUCUAAUUUUAAGUCUUCGACCAAAGUCGUUCAACAACAAGAACACCAUGAGUGCUCACCGGAAACAGCCAAAGCUUAG